AAUAUGUUGUUUUCAGAUAAAUUAAAAUGAUGCGAGGAAGCUAUGGUGGAUACAAUGGCCACAAUUCACACAACGUGCAAUCUCAAUAUAAUCAGGACUAUAACAAUAGGCACGAUGCAGGUAGCAAUCGAGGCCUAGAUGUCCGUGCAGGGGGUAGGGGACCUGUUGGAGGGGGUGGAGGACCUGUCGGAGGUGGUAGGGGACCUGUUGGAGGAGGAAGAGGAGGAGGAGAUGUCGGUAGAUCCGGAGAUAAUAGAUAUCUUAGUUCUCAGCUACAGGACAACAGCGCAGAGAAGCGAUAUAUCCGUCAGGUGGCCGGGCCCAGGGAUGAGGUCAUGACCUCAAGGAACAUUCAACAACCUCGUGACCUCAUGCCAGCACGUGAUCUUGACCUCAGAGGUGGUGGUGGAGGACAGGCAUCCCACCGUGACGGAUAUGGAUAUGGAUCAGAACCGGUUCCGCCGCCGGUUCAACGGUCCGACCCUUUAUUUUGGAACAGACAGGAGAUGGAGCGAAGACCAGAGAUAAGCGGAGAGCGCGAUCGAAUCCGCUACGAGGGUAGUAGGAGAAGCAGUGCGCGUGCGCCCCCGACGCAUGCAAAACCAGAAUAUGAUAAUGAUCGUAUGUUUGUUGACCCUCCGGCCCGAAAUUUCGGUCCAUCAAGGUAUGAUGAUAAACCUAUGAUGGAGUUCCAAGCACCGGCUCCGCCAAGGUUUCCGCCCAAGGGUCCAGUUCCUGUUCCUGUCUCUGGGUUGAACAGUAGCUGGUUGGAGAACUGGCCGGAGCCAGGGAAGAGCAAGAAGGAGAUCUGGCAGGAGAAGGAGAGGGCGAGGGAGCAAGAGGAGAAGAGGAAAAGGUUGGAGGAGUUGAACAGGAGGGAGAGGGAGUUGGAGGAGAAGGAGAGGAUCCUCAAGAUGGAGAUGAAAAGGAAGGAAGAGGAGAGAAGGUUCGCUGAGCUACGGCGGAUUGAAGCUUUGCGCGCCGAGGAGCUUAGAAUUAGAGAGGAAGAAUUACGGCGGAAAGAAGAAAUGAGACUAGAGGAAAUAAGAAUGCGCGAGGCGGAACUGAGGCGGAAGGAAGAGAGGCUGCUCCGUCUGGAAGAGGAAAGGCGGAGAGAAGAGUUGAGAUUGCUAGAUGAGCAGAGAAUGCGAGAUAUCCAACUAGACCUGGAGCGACGUUCUGGUGUAUACAAUAGUUAUACUGUAUCCGGGACCAGCACUGUAGUCGGAUCCAGGAGAAAUGGAACCGGGUCCAGGCCAGGUGGAUCCGGUUCUAGAUCAUCUGUAUCCAGAUCCAGGCCGUCUGUAUCCCAUGUAUCUUCUUCCAGAAUAUCAAAUGAUCGAACUGGAGAAAGAAACUCACGUGGAAUUCUACCCAAACCUGAGUCACGUGUAUCGUCCCGGGACUCGCGUGUUGACUCCGGACGAGUUGAGAAGCGACCAAGUGUGGGAACAAGACGAACAGUGUCGAAUAAGUCCGGGCAUAUCCAGGACAGAGUAGGACAGAAGCCCAGCGCUUUCCAGAGAUUGGGAGGGAAGGUCUCGGUAAAAUCUCGUCUUGGUUUGGACUCUAACCCCAGGUCUUCAAGCUCAAGAGGACAUAUCUCGGUCACGGUUAAAAAUACUUUAAGUUCGAGGCAUGUUGACCGCAACAAGGGCGAUCUCAAGGUGCUUGACCAGGUGGGGGAGUUUGAGAAGAUAGAUGAAGAAUUAGAAGAGUUGAAGGAGAAAGAAAGACAGCUUAAGCUCCGAUUGAAACUGCAAGAAGAAGAGAGGAAGAAGAAAGCUGGGGAGGAGAAGAUGGAUGUAGAAGAGAAGAAAAGGGAUCUAAAGAAGGACCCAAAGGAGGACUCGAAGAAGGACCUAAAGGAGGACUUGAAAAAGGACUUGGAGGCGAGUAAAGAAGUUGACCUCGACAAAAUAGUAAUUAAGAAGAGGAGCAAAACUGGAGCUGAAGCUAAUAAAACUGGAAAGAGUUUAGUUGUGAAAACCCCAAAUAAUCUGGUCGCUAAACUAGCCCUUAAACUAAAGGAACUGCCCAAGAUUGCUGUUGCCCCCUCGUCUAAAACGCCGAAGGAAAAGAUGGCGUUGAAGAAGAAAGUGAAAGCGAAGUAUAUGAAUGAGAACCUACCUGAACGUAUCCUCUACCUGGCUCUGGAGAAGGUUUCCUAUGACGAGGAGAGAGUUUAUCUUCUUCUCAGUAAACUGAUUCAACCAGAUACACAGGUUGUUGAGGUUGAGGAGGUUGUUGUCAACCUAGAGGAUGAAGAUAUGCUGGAUUACGAGGCUGAGGACAAUCUCUCAUAAAUCGUUCACGUCUUAGAGGCUGAGGACAAUCUCUCAUUGAUCCUUGACGUCCUAGAGGCUGAUACUCGUUCUCUGGACGUCCCUCUCGUUCUAUUAAUGUUCCGUUUCGUCCUUCAGAUUUAUCCCCCUUGUCCUUUUAAAGACCUUAUUUUUCCUUGUAAUUUGAUCUUUUACGUCCUCUUCUGUCCUCUAAAUGAUUUCUAAUGUUCUCUUUUGUAGUUCAAAAUGAAAUGAAAUCAUUAUUAGAAUGGUGAUAUCCGUUCAUCCGAAACUCAAAUAUGAUGAUAAGAGCUUGUAACUUUUAAAUGAGCGGAUUAGCUGAACUCAGUCUCUUCUCGCAACAAGAUUACCCUAAAUAUCAUGAGAUUUGUAAAUCAUAAAUGAUCGGUUUAAGAACAGAAUGAGUUCAACUGAAUCUGUCCAGAUAUAGUUCGCAGAUCAAUCCAAUGGAAAGAUUAAGCGUUUUCUGUAAAAUAGAUUGAGAGGUCGGUAUUAAUGAAUAGCGAGAAGUAGUUCAAUAUGGUACGGGUAGCUAAACUAACUGUCUAGUGCUGCCAAGGUUCUACUAGUUAUAUAGUUUUAACCUAUUCAAACAUAGUUCAGCUAACAAUUGCUAUUCAUAAAAUCCGGACUCAGAAUUGAUUUGUGUAAAUUCAAAUUUCACAGGUUAUCUGUGCUAGUCGCCACAAUCCUUCAUUAAACAUUUUAUUUUUUUUUUGUAAAUUUUUUAUGCACUACUUAGGGAUUAAGAUGGCAAUUCAUAACAUAAUUUGUGUAAUCUCUUAACUUUGUUAUUUCUGAUUAUUGAUUUAUAAAAUACAUAUUACAUAAAGUAUA